ACAGAAGAAGAAGAAGAAGACGAAGAAGAAAAAUUCUCCAGGCGUACACUCUUUAUUUUCUGUAUUGCAAUAACCAUUUUUGUACGUACAUUCUAUAACAUUGUAUAUUUGAAACUGCAGGGGCUUUCCGCACUUAAGGAAUACUCUUGAGGAACACUAUGUAUGGGAUCGAAGUCUACGCUUCUUUCAGAUAAGCUAACGUUAUUGCAUAUGUUAGCAAAACUUGCUAGCUAAAGAAGAUAACGCUUGAACUCAGCUACCGUCGAAUUAGCUGUGCUUUAGCACUUUAGCUUAGCUCGCUAACCAGUGACAACUGACAAAGGGCAGGGCAUGGAUGAUGUGAUCCUGAACAUGCAAGAGUGAAUAAAAAGCUUUUCCUGUUUGUGUCAUUACCAACUACAGUCGACACACUGCACAGGACAACUUCAGAAUAAUCCACACGGCAGCCCUGCAGUUUUUUCUGCAUCUAAACCAUGUGAGGGACCCUCGGUUUAGUCUGAGGGGAUCCCAGGAUUGUUGCAGAUACGACCCCGCUGUGCGGGGCUGGACUGAUCCAAUCUGUGUCUGAGAGUACAGUCUUUCCAAUAGCCCCCUCUUCAUCUGCACAUUAUUGUUCUCCUUAUCAAGGAGAUACGCAAUGAUGUUCCGAGACCAGGUAGGUAUCCUCACAGAUUGGUUCAAAGGCUGGAAUGAGUGCGAACAGACGGUGGCACUGUUGUCCCUCCUGAAGAGGGUGUCCCGCACCCAGGCUCGCUUCUUACACAUCUGCCUUGAGCACUGGCUGGCAGACUGCACAGAGAUUCACAUUCUUGAAGCAGAGGCCAACAAUGCAGCAAUUGUCAGCCACUGGCAUCAGGAGCCAAAGGAGAAAGUGGUGUCCUUGCUGCUAUCCCAUCUGCCUCUGCUGCAGCCACGCAACAGCGAGGCCAAAUGCGAGUACAUGAAGCUGCUCCAGAAGGUGUUGACUCACACGAUCGAGAGUAGCCUGUUUGUGGAAGAAAGCAGACAGCUGCUGUCCUAUGCUCUCAUCCACCCUGCCACCACACUGGAUGAUCGCACCUCUCUGGCUAUGUGGCUAAACCACUUGGAGGAGCACCUGUCCAGUGGCUAUACUCCCCGAGCCCCAUCCAACCCUUACCACCCACGUCAAGGCUCAGAUGAAUGGCCCAGCUCUGCUGAGGCCCUGGACCCUGGCCACGCCUGGCACGACAAGUCCCCCUUAUCCAGUACAUCUCCAGCAGGCCAGAAUGGACACAUGUCUUUCCCAGGCGGGAUGUCCUCUCCCAUCAACAGCAAUAACACAGGACUGGGUGGGCAGAUGCAGCCUAGCCCUCUGAAGAAGUCCAUGUCCGUAAUUCCUUCCAGUCCCCAGGCUUGUGGCUCUGAGUGGGUCAGUCAAGAUGACACAGGGGUCCGACAGAACUUCAUUCCAACAGACCACGCGCCCCUUUCACCCCAGAGCAGUGUUGCCUCCUCAGGCAGUGAGCAGACGGAAGAACAGGGCUCUGCUCGCAACACUUUCCAGGAGGAUGGCAGUGGCAUGAAAGAUGUUCCUGCAUGGUUGAAGAGUCUCCGCCUGCAUAAAUAUGCAUCACUUUUCUCCCAGAUGACCUAUGAGGAGAUGAUGAUUCUCACAGAGCAGCACCUGGAGUCGCAGAACGUCACUAAAGGAGCACGGCAUAAGAUUGCCUUGAGUAUCCAGAAACUGCGAGAGAGGCAGAGUGUGCUCAAGUCUUUAGAAAAGGAUAUUUUGGAAGGGGGAAACCUUCGUAAUGCCCUUCAGGAGCUGCAACAGAUCAUCAUCACACCCAUCAAGGCCUACAGCCCUGUCAGUACAACACAGCCAGCGUCAGACACUCCCACCUCGCCUUCAGAAGCCACAAAAACAGGAGCAGAUAAGGAGCCGACCUCAGAGGGCUUCCAGUCCCACAACCCACCUCCCUGUGAUGGAGACUCUUCAGCCACACCUAUCUCAGACGGCGACAUUGCAGGACAGUUCACACGUGUCAUGGGCAAAGUAUGUACCCAGCUACUGGUGUCAAGGCCAGAUGAGGAGAAUAUCAGCUGUUACCUUCAGCUCAUUGAGAAAUGUCUGACACAUGAGGCUUUCACAGAAACCCACAAGAAAAGGCUGGUCUCCUGGAAACAGCAGGUCCUCAAACUGCUCCGCCUGUUCCCUCGGAAAGCUAUGCUGGACAUGCCUGUGUACCGACAGAAAGGCUGGACCUAUGGGUCCAACUCCCUCCCCACAGCAGGCUCUGUGAGUGGAGGUGUAGGCCGACGAGGCCAGAGGCAGUUCCAAAUGGCCCCUCGUGGACUCCCAGCUGGGCGCAUAAGUCUUCUGAGUCCCAGUGGGAUCGGGGGAGCUUCUCCACGCCACACACUCACCAAUCCUGCGCUGGCAGGCCAGGGUAGACAAAACUUGUGGUUUGCCAACCCUGGAGGCAGUAACAGCAUGCCAAGUCAGAGUCGCAGCUCUGUGCAGCGGACCCACUCACUCCCUGUCCACACUUCCCCGCAAACCAUGCUCAUGUUCCAGCAGCAAGAAUGCCAAGUCCCAGGUGCUGACCUGGAGAUCAACCCCACGCUGGAGUCACUGUGUCUCAGUAUGACAGAGCAUGCCUUAGGGGAUGGAACAGACCGGACAUCAACAAUAUGAAACAAAAAGGAAAACUACACUUCAGUUGAGGCCUGUUCAGUUCCUCAUCACCCAGCACAAAGAAGUACCUACGCUUAAAAAAACAGGCAAAGUAGUCACUACAAAAUGACAAAAAACUGUGUAUAUGUUCUCUAAUAUUUUUGUACCUUAUUAUAUACAACUAAGUUUAUUAAAAAAGGAAUACAGAUAAUUAUAUUGCAGGACAGAGGAAAAAAAAAAAAAAGGUUAACUGUGCAAUACUGCUUCGUGUCACUUGCAGGACUGUGACAUGACAUGCAGAGGCUCAGUUUGCCACAGUCUGAGAGAAAAACAGUGGAACGGUGCUGUCUUAAGGGGUUCUGCCCUAUUAGUGACUCCUCUUUUUCCCCUGCCUUGGAGCAGGACUUUAUCAAGAACACAGUGACAGGCACCGCAUAGUGUGUAGAUUUAGAAAAUGUCCAGCCAGAAAUAUGGCACUUUAAAAAAAAAAAAAUUGAUAUUAGGCACUAAAGUGUAAUUGGCCCGUGGAUAACCUUACUGAGAGAUUCCACUUGCGGACAGGUGUGGAAAUAGACACAAGUACACUUCUAGCCCCCUAAAUUGCUCUCUAAGCAGUGCUAGUGAGGGCUUGUAUUGGUUGAAACUCUGAUUGCUGUCCUUGGUUCUUUUUCUCCUCUCUAAAAAACCUGUUUAUGUUAAAGGCACGAAAAGGAAGGGCCAAAAGGAUUGAGGGAAAGCUUCUAAUUCAACCACAGGCAUACCCUUUGUCUUGGUUGUUUUCCCAAAACACACAAGUCCAAGUCCUCUAAACGUCUACAAAGCCAAAGAGAAGGGUUGUGUGAUUGUUCAUUUGAGAUGGAUAUAUGUAGUGAAAUGUAACAGAAUGGUAUAAUUUUUUUAAGAAAAGAACAGCAGUUUGAAGAAUUUAUGCCAGCUACAGUUUGUCUCUGUUAUUUAUACCCUGCUACAGAAAUGAUGAUGAAUCUCAUUUUGUGCCGAGGAAUCCCCAGAGUGGUGAAUAAGGGCUGGUGAGGUUUGUACUGGGCGAGAGCUGAUUUGAGAUUGAAUUGAUACAAGCGACAGGUGUAAUGGUGUUUUCAGUCAACUCUCUAAUGCUGGGUGAGAAAACUAAAUGAAACCCAUCUCAACCCAUGGCCCACACAUUUGACUAGCUCUGGAAGACGAAGCUUGAUCUUGUAAUAAAUUCUCUGGAGCAUAGCGCCUCAGCCUCACAGUGCCCUCUUCCUCAAAUGGCCAACAUGACGAUUUGAUGAAUCAUACUUUUCAAGGUGCUUGAUGAUGUCCAUAUUUUGUUUGUCUCCGUGUGUUUCAGUCUCAGAACCCUAACAUUUUCAUGUUAUCAGUGUUGAAUCAAAAGCUGUCUUAUACAACCUCUGUCUUUGAAUGUGGCAGAGCGGAGGUGCAUGUAUGUGUAAAAUGGGCUUAACUUUUGGAUCACUUUUGGUUGCAUCAUAAGGCAGGGAUAACCAUUCGCAUUUUAUUUCAGCAGAGCCAUCGGUCUGUCUAGUAAAGGUGGUUAUUUACAUAUAUCUUUUCCAAUUGAAGUUUUUUACUCUCCCUUGAUAUUGAUAACUUAUGCUUAUUUUCUAUAAUCGCCUGUUUUGCCACACUAAUACAGCACUGUUGUAGAUAGGGGACAUGGUUGGUUGAUGGUCCCCAAAGUCAACAACAACUAGAGAGCAGAAAUCUUGCAACUAGUUGUAUGUUUUUACCGCCUGUCGUCACUGUUUACAUCUCUCUGGGAUAAUGCCUAAUUCAUGUUAUGUGAUGUCAUGAAUAUUCCGUUCUCUCACUAUGUAACACAUUAAAGAACUGAAGCCUUUGUGCACAUGUGCUGG